AUGUCUGUUCAAAGCCAGCACCAUUCCAUUAUUAUUAACCCUCCUCCACCAGAAUACAUAAAUAACAAAAGCAGUGGAUGUCAAACAAACCAGCUUCAGUACUUACAGAGGGUGGUCAUGAGAGCCAUGUGGAGACACAACUUUUCCUGGCCAUUUCAGCAACCUGUUGAUGCAGCAGCACUGAAUCUGCCUGAUUAUUACACUAUCAUAAAAAACCCUAUGGACUUGGGCACCAUAAAAAAGCGUCUGGAACACAAUUACUACACAAAAGCUGCAGAAUGUAUUGAAGACUUUAAAACUAUGUUUUGGAACUGCUACAUGUACAACAAGCCAGGUGAUGACAUUGUGUUUAUGGCUGAAGAACUAGAAAAAGUCUUUAUGCAGAAAAUAGCCAAUAUGCCACCAGAAGAAAGACUAGUGAGUCUCAAUAAAGGAAAGAGAAAAGGAAAGAAGACAAAAGAAACAUGGCAGCCCAACCCUGGGACUUCAAAUGAGCAAAGCACAAAUGAGAAACAAACUGAAAGCAGUGAGCAGCCUCCAGUGAUGACUCGAGAGCGACAGCAGGUUACACUGGCUCCUUUGUCUGCAGCUCAGCUGACUGCUUUAAUGCCAGCUGCAGCCUCUAUAACAAAAGCAAAAAAAGGUGUGAAAAGGAAGGCUGACACUACAACUCCUACUACAUCAAUAGUCACAGCAAGUGGUGAAUCUUCUGCAGUGUUUAAUGAAAGAAAAGCUGUUAAAGCAUGUAGAGGUGAAAAUGAAUGUAUAGUAACAAAUAAGUUUCUGAAGAGAUCCCUUUCAGAUUCUCAACAGCCACCCGGAGUUAUUAAAAAGACUCAGUCGUCAGAACAACUAAAACAUUGUAAUGCAAUACUUAAAGAAAUGUUUUCAAAGAAACAUGCAGCAUAUGCGUGGCCUUUCAUAAAACCUGUAGAUGUGGCAUCUUUCUCCACUGGUGUGAGCCAAGCCAAAUGUCCUACAGACCUAGGAACCAUCAAAAAGAAAAUGGAUAACUUUGAAUAUAAUGAUAUACAAGAAUUUGCUACAGAUGUUAGAUUAAUGUUCAUGAGCUGCUACAAACGUAAUUCUUCAGACCAUGAAAUAGUUGCUAUGGCAAGAAAACUUCAGGAUGUUUUUGAAAUGCACUUUGCUGAAAUUCCUGAUGAACCUCUUGCGAGUGAUCAUCGGCCACAACCUGUCAGAGAAAUGACAGAAGCUUAUUCCAGUGAAAGUAGUAAUGAUAACUCUUCAGAAGAAAAAUCAUCUGAAGACUCUGAAGAGGAGAAAAAAGUGCACCUCAGAAAGCUUCAGGAGCAACUUAAAGCUCUUCACCAGCAGUUGUGGGUUUUGACCAAAGCAUGCUUAUCUAGACCAGAAAAGAAAAAAGGGAAGGCUAAAAGCGAGAAAAGAAAGAACAAGGGAAAAGCUGAAAUAAAAAGCUUGAUUCAAAAGAAGAAAAAUCUGAAACACAUGAAGAAGUCUAAGAAAAAGCUGUCUUUAAACAUUCAAUCAAAGAAAACCGUGCAGCAGGUUGUGUUGGCACAUAAGUCAGAAGAUGAAGAUGGUGCCAAACCUAUGAAUUAUGAUGAAAAACGACAGUUGAGUUUGGACAUAAAUAAACUCCCUGGAGAUAAGCUUGGGAAAGUAGUCCAUAUAAUACAGUCAAGAGAACCUGCACUGAGGAACUCUAACCCUGAUGAGAUAGAAAUAGACUUUGAAACUUUAAAUGCUUCAACACUCAGAGAACUAGAGAAAUACGUAGCAACCUGUUUGAGGAAGAAACAAAGUAAGCAGGCUAAAAAACCAACGAAGUCAAAAGAAGAACUUAAUUUUGAGAGGAAACAAGAGCUAGAGAAGAGGCUACUGGAUGUCAAUGGUCAACUAAACCCAAAGAAGGAGAACUUCAAGAUUGAAAACAAUGCUGAGUCAAGUACUGGGCCAAGCAGACUGAGUGACAGCAGCAGCAGCUCCUCAGAUUCUGGCAGCAGUACUAGCAGUGAUUCUAGCUCCUCAGAUAGCAGUGACUCCGAAUCAGUUACAGAAAAAUGUUCAAAACAAACUGGAGCCAGGCAGAACUGUCCAACUUCUAUGGAAAAGUCUAAGAGAAUACAAUUUUGUUUACAGAGGACAUCCUGCAAUGCUGUUCUGCAAGCACAGCCCUCCUCUCUUACUAGCAGCUUGCAAAAUCAUGGAUCAUCUGAACAGCAGCAACCUCCCAAUGUACUGCAAGGGCUUCAGUGUAGUUCACUUAAUCCAUCAGAACAAAAUGUUCAGACUCUCUCAGGGCUAUAUCUUGAACUUAAGUACCCCUUGCACACUUACAGGUUAAACGUCUACCUGGUGUCCAACACCAUUUUCCAAGUUGACAGUGCUGACUGGAGUAAACAAGUUGAGCAAACAAAACAUCUAGACAAAUUAAAUAAACUUCAAAACAAGACCAGCAUGAGAACUGCUGAUUUAAUAUCCAUAAGUCAAGAACAAAGUCACUGUUCACCCAGUGAUAAAUCAAAUGAUAAAAACAUACUAGAGCCAAUGUCUGAACUUCUUCCAAGAAAGGAUACAGAACUGAAGACUGUAGAUUCCUGGGUAAGCCUAUGUAAAACAAUGAAGCUUCCAGCUCCAAUAAAAGCGUCUGCUGAGAGCUUCAAUCAGUUCAGGGACGCAGUAUUAAAGAGGAGUGGGCAAGUUCAACAGUCAAAAAGGGGCCAUGAAAGCACAGGACUGGAUGCCAUGGCAGCAACAGACUGUGAGCUUGAAAAAGAAAUACACAAGAGUACACUGCCUGAAGCUCAACAACAUAUUCUUGGUCAAGACCGUGACUUGGCUAGAAAAAUGGAACAAGAACGCAGGAGGAAGGAAGCAACAGCUUGGAUAAUUGAUGUGAAUCUGCAAAGAGAUAUUAUGGCAUCUUUCGAAGAAUAUCUUGAGUGA